GUUCGCCCGUUCCCUAGUAUUUUACACAACCAGAAAACAAACCAUUCAGUGAGUGUGACGACUCCUCUCAUUUAAUCUCCUAGGCGCCUUACACCAGUCGCUCGCCAUGGAGGAGGAGCAGGCCCCGCAGUGCGCGAGGGACAAUGUUCUGCGCCGAUCCGAAGUUCCGGACAAGAGCACGCCGAGCGUCCGCGGAUACACGUUCGAAGCGGCAGGAGGGGCGGGGUCGGUGGAGGUGGACUACGAGCAGCUGAUGGCGCGCAUGCUGACCACGGGGUUCCAAGCCACGGCCCUGGGCCGGGCCAUCGACGAAGUCAACCGCAUGCUGGCAUGGCGUCUGAGCGACGACCCGCCCAAGGAGGACGACACGGAGGAGCAGAGAGACCCGGCGUUCCGGGCGUCCGUGCGGUGCAAGAUCUUCCUGGGCUUCACGUCCAACCUCAUGAGCUCGGGCAUCCGCGAGACGCUCUGCUUCCUCGCCAAGCACCGCCUGGUGGAUGUGAUCGUGACUACAGCGGGGGGCAUAGAAGAGGACAUCAUCAAGUGCCUGGCGCCCACCCUGCUGGGCGACUUCGCCCUGCCGGGCAAGGACCUGCGAGCCAAGGGGCUGAACCGCAUAGGCAACCUGCUGGUGCCCAACAACAACUACUGCCAGUUCGAAGACUGGGUGCUCCCCGUGCUCGACCGCUGCCUGGACGAGCAGAAGACGCAGGGCGUGGUGUGGACGCCGUCGAAGCUCAUUGACCGCCUGGGCGAAACCAUCAACAACGAGGAGUCGGUGCUGUACUGGGCGCACAAGAACGGCAUCCCCGUGUUCUGUCCGGCCAUCACGGACGGGUCGCUGGGCGACAUGCUCUACUUCCACUCCUUCAAGUCGCCCGGCCUCCUCGUCGACCUUGUGCAAGACGUGCGGCGGAUGGACAACGAAGCGGUGCACGCGGCCCCGCGGCGCACGGGCGUGAUCAUCCUGGGGGGCGGGCUGCCGAAGCACCACAUCUGCAACGCCAACAUGAUGCGCAACGGUGCGGACUACGCCGUCUACAUCAACACAGCCAACGAGUUCGACGGCAGCGACUCGGGCGCCCGGCCCGACGAGGCAGUCAGCUGGGGGAAGAUCCGGGUGGAGGCCAGCGCCGUCAAGGUGCAUUGCGAUGCCACCAUCGCCUUCCCUCUGCUCGUAGCAGAGACAUUUGCCCGGCACGUGCAGAGGGAGCAAGCAAAGCAGAAGCAGGAGAAAUAGGGAACUGGCAGCAGGGCACCCAAGGGGUUGCAGCACCAUUGGGCUCUUGCCACAUGGAUGCAGUCAAGGCGGCUGUAACCAGUCAGAAGUCCCUCGGAAGUUAGCACUUUUACCACGCUGAUUUGUCUAUUUUUUAGACAAGCUCCAUGUUGUGGGCCUGAUUUGCCACCUUUCUUUUCAUAAGAUUUCCCCUAUUGCAGUGCACUCUGUUUGGUCAAACUACUCGCUAAUGUGAUGCCAACUGAAACUGUAACCU